UAGUUAUUAUUAGAAGAAACCCAAUUUGUCUUAAAUGUAUUUUUUUUAAAGUAAAUCAGUUGAACUGUCAGUGAUAUGGAUUAACUGUGGAUUCGCCUAGAGAGAAAGGGACUCACCAAGGAUGACUAAUAUUCUUUACAGAAACUGAUCUACUGAGGCCAAAGGAUGGUAAAACGUUUAAUUGUAGCCUAUGCCCUGUGGGCAGUAGGUGGGCCUUUGGGCCUACACCAUUUAUAUUUAGGAAGAGACAGACAUGCUCUGUUAUGGAUGUUAACCCUGGGAGGAUUUGGCUUUGGCUGGGUCAGAGAGAUCAUACGUAUGCCUGCAUAUGUUGCUGAGGCCAAUCAAGAUGCUACCAACAUGGCCCCUCCAUCUGUAGGCCCUGUCAGAUUUGCUGGACAGGUGUGUGUUGGGAUCUACUUUGGCACCGUGGCUCUGAUAGGAUUGAACUCCCUCAGUUUCUUCUACUUGAUUGUUCUGCCGCUCUGUGUGGGUGCAGGGGUACAUCUGGUGUCCAGUGUUGGCCAGCAGACCUCGGAUCUCCAAAAAACCUUGACUGCAUGUCUUAUAACCUCCCCAAUAUUCUAUGGCAGCACCUUAUCACCUCUCCCUAUAAGCCUGGCUGCCAGUGUUACUGCUACACAGCACUGCAGGUACAAACCUCCACAGAAACCCAGGAGCAAACAGGAACUAGGUCCACGGCUUUUUGUGCUCGGCCUAUCCUGGCUGGCUUUCUCUGCUCCGCUUGGUUACUGCAUUUUCCAUAACACCACAGCCACACUAUACUACCUGUCUGACUGUUUAGCAGCACUGCUGGAUAUUUUCUGGUUUCUGCCUUGGCUCCGAAGUGUCUUGGAGUACAUUCUUUUAAUGCCUUAUCGGAUCUUGUGUUUUUUUACUGGUGGGAGUUACUAUGAAGAAGCUUGGAAGAAGGUGCUAGAAAUACUGCUCAGAGAGUACACUGAGAGAGAGAAAGAGGCACUGCAGGUGUUAUCACUGGAAGUAGAGGCCUCUCUUGAAGACAUAACUCGCAGCUACCGGGAGCUGGCCAAGACGUGGCAUCCAGACCACAACCCCAGCAAGAAUGCUGAGGAAAUGUUUAUGAAGAUUCAAGAGGCUUAUGAAGUCCUUCUACGCCGGCACAGACCUCAUCGAUUCAAAUAGUUGCACUUCACUCAUUUCUGACUGACACUGAGACUCUUGGCCACAUUGUUCUUCAGUCAUUAUUUUCAAGAGCAUGCACAAACAUGGAUGUGAGGGGCCUGCAGCAAUCCCUAAAAUCAGGCAUAAUAAAACCCAUCAA